AUCUGAUCUGGACCGAUCUGGACGCGCUGGCUUGUACCAGCGCAAGCUAGAUGUCAGUUUGUAACAAAUAUUUCUCGACUAAUUGGAAAAAAAGUUUCGGGUUUGAAGAAAUUGAGACAUGGACGAAAUGUCUUAUUGCUCCUUUUCUGGGGGAGAGUGUUAUAAAAAUCACUUCAAGCCUGGUAUAUAUGUAUGCUCCGAGUGUGGCCAUGAGUUAUUCUCCAGCACUUCAAAGUUUGAGCACUCUACCCCGUGGCCGGCCUUCUCAGAGACCAUCCACGAGGACAGCGUCUCUAAACACCCCGAGGCAUGGGGGCCAAUAAAGGUUUGCUGUGGGAAGUGUGGGAAUGGACUAGGCCACGAGUUCUUAUGUGACGGACCUAAAGAAGGGCUGUCACGCUUUUGAAUCUUCAGCAGCUCAUUGACAUUUAUCCCCAAAAAAGAGGUCAGUGGAUAAAAACAGGUGAGCUGUGAAGGAGAAGACGGUUUCCUGCAGGUGGAGGUGUCUCCACAGUGGAUGAAGUGCUCUGGGAUAAAGCUACGGAGUUCCUGAGUGCUGAUGAAUAGUGGAUAUACCGGACAGCAGUUUCAGGAGUCAUGCAUAAACAGCUUUUUAAGUAACAGGGACAUAGAAAACUCUGCUGCACACUUUAGUGUCUAACUUGUCUAUUUAAUAGUUACACACACAUCUGUUAAAAUGUGCUGGUGAGCGUGUUAUACCCACUGCAGAUCUUUCCUUAGUCAUGUCAUUACAUACUUCCAACAGUUGAUGGUGCUCUGCAGACAUCUUUUGCUUUUGUUGAUUAUAAUACUCAGACAAGUUUGGAUUCAUAUCUAUAACUUCCCACCAUUAGAGAGUGGACUGGUCCAAGAACCCAGAUCAAUUCGGCAGCCCAACAAUGAGUCCAAGCAGAAAACCGGAGUCAGACACUCUCUGCAGCCACAAGAGGCUCUGGGAUCACAUCAUGAUGCUGAAAUCUCUCAGAUGUAUAAAGAAAUGUUCCUGUUAAAAGCACUACAUCAAGCAUUGAUUUGAUUUAUAAUGUUACAUAUACAUAUUUUUAGGAUUUUUAGUGAAUCACCAAUCUGGAGUGUUGAUUUUCCCACAUUUCUUCUUUUUUGCCUUUUGGCCCGUCCUUUGUUGAAAAAACUAUGUGAAGAGGACUUUCUGUUACCAAACGAAAUUAAAUGCUUCAUUUUCUGCUUUUGUCC